AUGUCGGCUAAGGAAUUAGGGGAUAUAUUGAGAAAAUACGCAGAGGAUAGGAAGCUACCGGGAAAUGAUGCGCUUUAUCAGGGUAAAUUAUGGGAAGAUAUAAAAAGACAAAUGGAGAUUUUUAUUACGGAUAUGAAAGAUGACAGUGAGUACCAAAAUGCUAAGAACUGUGAGAAUGCAUACUGGGAGCAUCCAAUAGAGGACGGCCAGAAAGACCGCCGACCAAGGGAAAUGAGCAGGAGCACAGAAAGAGUUAUAUGCAGACUCAUGACGCAAGCGAUAUAUUUUGCAAAUGCAUGGACUAAGGAAGUAAAGACAGACAUAGAGCGGAACUCCCAGAACGAUACAGAGAUUAAGGGGCUAAUAAGAUGCACAAUAGCGGAUAUAUACCAAGACAUACUGAGGGAAGACACAUGCGAGGGUUGGUGGGGUACAUACUAUGCAUGGUACGUCGUGGACCAAAUAUCGGGAGCGCUGAAGCAUAAAGUCAGGGAACAGCAUUGUAAGAAGGGGAAGUACAAGACUAUAGAAUUGAACACUUGGAACAUUAGGAAUAAGAUGAAGACAUGGCUAAAGCAGAAUGAACAGAUGAAGAAGAAAAUUGAGCAGGAACACAUAGGCGAAGGGUGUACGGGAAGGGAGGUAAAGACUAGGGAACAACUGAAAAAGGCCGGAGCAAUAGAGGACCAAGAGGCUGAACACAAGACAGAUGACGAAAUGAAACACACAGUAAAGCAGCACGCAGAGAAGAUUUUGGGCGAGGUUCAGACAGAAAUGGAGAAGGAGCAGGACCAAUUAAGGGCGUCAACUGGGACGGCACCCACGGAUCCUGAUGUGGAAGACGCAGACGAAAAGAAAGCUGAAGACAUCGAGCAACAAAUACAACAAGCAAUCGAGGAAGUGAAAGACGAAUUAAACGAAAUUAUCGCGCAGACUGCCGCUGGACAAGCAGCCGCCGCCAAUGCAGCAACCACACCAUCAAAGGCAUCGCCAGCAAAGGGCGCGACACCGCAGACAGGUGGUUCCGGGGAUGACAAGACCAAAGACAAAGGGAAGAAAAAACCGGAUGGCGCUUCCAACACAACUCAGCCGUCAACGACACCACCACCACCUCGUCAACCAAAGAACGAAAAUGAUCAGGCACCACCGGGACAGGGAGCAGCAGGAGACGACGUACCACAACCCGCACCAGCACCAAGACCACCGGCGGGCAGCAACGGGCCCGCCCGCGCCAAACCCGCCCCGGCCACACCAGCACCAUCACCAUCAUCAUCCGGCAAUGCAGCCGGCAGCAGACCUGCCAAACCAGUAGCGGCGAAACCGGUGGCAACCAAGGACACGACGGCCACGAAGACGCGGUCCAGCCGCAUGGCACCACCUGGUGCUGGUGGUAACGGUGGUAAGGGUGCUGCCGCAGGAGGUCAGCACGCGAACGGGAAGACGGCGAACACCGAGGACCACGAGUGUGAAGGGGACAGAAUAAAUAAGGAACUGGAAACGUUGAAUAAAGUGUUGGCAGCAUUUGUGACAUAUAUGCAGAACAACGAACAGAACGUGGAUGCCAUAGGGGCAAACUGCUAUAAUAGUGGUUGGAAUGAUUUCGGCGACGGGAAAGCGUACCAUAAGGAACAAACAGUAGCAGACGUAGUAAGGUGUAGAUUCAUGACACUUGCAUUGUUCUUUGCAAACGAUUAA